UGACGGGAAGGGGAGGUGUCGCUCGCCCGGUGGUGAGGGGAGCGGCGGCCAUGAGCGGGAUUCUGCUGCGUGGCCUGCGCUUCGCCACCGGCACCGCCCUGCCCCGCAACACCCCCCUGCCUCGCAGCGCACCCCUGCCCCGCAACAUCGCCCGCCGCCUGCGCACCGCCGUGCCGCGCCAUGCCUUCGCCAAGGAGCUGUUCCUGGGCGCGCUGCGGAAGGAAGAAGUCUUUCCUUAUCCAGAAAUUACCAAUGAAGAGCUACAGGAGAUCACUCAGUUUGUGGGACCUGUAGAAAAAUUCUUCAAUGAAGAAGUGGACUCUAAGAAGAUUGAUCGAGAUGCAAAAAUCCCACCUGAAACUCUAAAAGGACUGAAGGACCUGGGUCUCUUUGGCAUGCAGAUUCCAGAGGAAUAUGGGGGGCUUGGUCUGUCAAACACCAUGUAUGCACGUUUGGGAGAAAUCACCUCUUUAGAUGGCUCCAUUGCAGUGACUCUGGCAGCUCAUCAAGCCAUUGGGCUUAAGGGAAUCCUCAUUGCUGGCACUGAUGAGCAGAAAGCAAAGUACCUACCUAGACUGGCAUCUGGGGAGCAUAUUGCAGCCUUUUGUCUCACUGAACCUGGAAGUGGAAGUGAUGCUGCGUCCAUCCAGACAAGAGCAACCCUCAGUGAAGAUGGGAAAUACUUCCUACUAAAUGGCUCCAAGGUCUGGAUCUCAAAUGGAGGCCUGGCUGAUAUUUUCACAGUAUUUGCCAGGACAGAGGUUGUGGAUAAAGAUGGAAAAGUAAAAGACAAAAUCACUGCUUUCAUUGUAGAGCGGGAUUUUGGGGGAGUCACGCAUGGGAAGCCUGAGGAUAAAUUGGGCAUUCGAGGAUCCAAUACCUGUGAAGUACAUUUUGAAAACACCAAAGUGCCUAUAGAGAAUGUAAUUGGAGAAGUAGGAGGGGGAUUUAAGGUUGCCAUGAAUAUCUUGAACAGUGGCAGAUUCAGCAUGGGCAGUGCAUCUGCUGGGAUGAUCAAGAAAUUGAUAGAGAUGACAGCAGAGUAUGCCUGUACCAGGAAGCAAUUUGAUAAGAAGCUGAGUGAUUUUGGAUUAAUACAGGAGAAGUUCAGUUUGAUGGCAGUGAAGGCGUAUGUGAUGGAGAGCAUGGCGUACCUGACUGCAGGCAUGAUGGACAGGCCAGGCUUCCCUGACUGCUCUGUGGAGGCUGCCAUGGUCAAGGUGUUCAGCUCUGAAGGGGCCUGGGUUUGUGUGAGUGAAGCGCUGCAGAUCCUGGGGGGCCUGGGCUACAUGAAGGAUUAUCCCUACGAGCGCUUCCUCCGGGACACCAGGAUACUCCUGAUUUUUGAGGGCACAAAUGAAAUCCUGCGCCUGUACAUCGCACUGACGGGGAUGCAGUAUGCAGGCAGGAUCUUAACUGACAAGAUUAAAGAAAUCAAGAAAGGAAACGUGGGAGUGGCACUGGGGGAGUUCCUGAACAAACUGCGGGACAUGAUGGGCAGGAAAGUGGAUUAUGGGCUGGUUGGUAGCCAUGGAGUGGUGCAUCCCAGCCUCCAGGAAAGUGGCAAGAAACUUGAAGAAAAUAUUUAUUACUUUGGAACUACAGUGAGAGGCCUGCUGAGCAGGUUUGGCAAGACAAUAGUGGAUGAGCAGCUGGUUCUGAAGAGAGUGGCAGAUGUGGUUAUUAACUUGUAUGCCAUGACAGCUGCCAUCUCCAGAGCCAGCCGCUCCAUCAGCAUCGGCCUCCGCAACCAUGACCACGAGGUGCUGCUUACAAAUAUCUUCUGCACAGAAGCAUAUUUCAAGAAUAAUUAUGCCAUGGCUCAAUUAGAAAAAUAUGCUGAUGAAAAUCUGGAUGACUUCAUUAAAAAAGCUGCAAAGCAAGUUCUGGAGAAGAGAGCCUAUAUCUGCUCCCACCCACUGGACAGGACAUUCUGAGCGAGUCCCUCCCUGCCAGCAGCUCUGGAUGAAUGUAAAUCAAGGACUGAUUUGCUACAGGUCAUAUAUUUGUACAAUAUACGGGUAUGCACUCAUAUAGGCACUUGUACAGCUCUGAGUAUACUGAAUGUAACCUGCUGUAACACUGUAAAACAAAACUCCUAAACACAACUUAACUUACAAAGAGGAUGAAUAAAGAAAUGUUAUUUAAACCUCA